CCCGGAACCUCGCGCCCUUCGUCCCGCCCCCUCCCCGCCCCUCGACCCCCCCUUCCGGCCCCAGGACCCCCGGGUCCUGCAGUGCCUGCUGCCCCGGCUCAGCCGAGGCGCCGCUGCGCGCGGAGUCCGAGGGGUCCCUUGAGGUAAAGGGAGGUUCUGUGUGAACCCCUGGAUCUGCUGCGUGGCUGAGUGAGAGCGCGGCCCCCCUGGCUGACACGUGAUGCUGCACCGGCUGCUGGCGGUGGUCCGAGGACCGGGAAGCCGCCGAGGAUGGCGGAAGGGCUCCCCGGCCAGAGGCAGCGCGUCAGCGGCCGCGGCGCCCCCCGUGGCCCUGCCCGCCCAGGCGCAGGUGGUCGUCUGCGGCGGUGGAAUCAUGGGCACGUCCGUGGCCUAUCACCUCUCCAAGAUGGGGUGGAAGGAUGUCGUCCUUCUGGAGCAGGGCAGGCUGGCUGCUGGCUCUACGAGGUUCUGUGCUGGCAUCCUAAGCACUGCCAGGCACUUGGCCAUCGAGCAAAAGAUGGCAGAUUAUUCAAACAAACUCUACCAUCAGUUAGAGCAAGAAACGGGGAUCCAAACAGGUUACACUAGGACGGGCUCCAUCUUUCUGGCCCAAACUCAGGACCGGCUCAUCUCCCUGAAGCGCAUCAGCUCCAGGCUGAAUGUCAUAGGCAUCCCCUGCGAGAUCGUCUCCCCCAGGAGAGUGGCCGAGCUGCACCCUCUGCUCAACGUGCACGACCUGGUGGGCGCCAUGCACGUCCCCGAGGACGCGGUGGUGUCCUCCGCCGACGUGGCGCUCGCCCUGGCCAGUGCCGCCUCCCAGAACGGUGUUCAGAUCUAUGACCGGACAAGUAUUCUUCAUGUUAUGGUCAAAAGAGGUCAAGUCACCGGUGUGGAGACAGAUAAAGGACAGAUCCAGUGCCAGUAUUUUGUCAACUGUGCUGGUCAGUGGGCAUACGAGCUGGGUCUGUGCAGCGAGGAGCCGGUCAGCAUCCCGUUGCAUGCCUGCGAACACUUCUACCUCCUGACUCGCCCCUGGGAGACCCCUCUGCCGAGCAGCACACCAACUGUUGUAGACGCUGAUGGAAGAAUUUAUAUUCGGAACUGGCAGGGGGGCAUCCUGUCGGGGGGCUUUGAGAAAAACCCAAAGCCAAUUUUCACGGAGGGCAAGAACCAGCUGGAGAUUCAGAAUCUGCAGGAAGACUGGGAUCAUUUUGAGCCCCUGCUGAGUUCCCUGCUGCGUCGGAUGCCACAGCUGGAGACUCUGGAGAUCGUGAAGUUGGUGAACUGCCCCGAGACCUUCACCCCAGACAUGAGGUGCAUCAUGGGCGAGUCUCCCUCGGUGCGGGGCUACUUCGUCCUGGUGGGAAUGAACUCUGCAGGCCUUUCCUUUGGUGGAGGAGCUGGAAAGUACCUCGCCGAGUGGAUGGUGCAUGGCUACCCCUCAGAAAACGUCUGGGAACUGGACCUGAAGCGGUUUGGAGCCCUCCAGAGCAGCCGAACCUUCCUGCGCCACCGUGUCAUGGAGGUCAUGCCUCUGCUCUACGACCUGAAGGUUCCCCGUUGGGACUUCCAGACUGGAAGGCAGUUACGCACCUCUCCUCUCUAUGACCGGCUGGACGCGCAGGGAGCCAGGUGGAUGGAGAAACAUGGAUUCGAGAGGCCAAAGUACUUCGUGCCACCAGACAAAGACCUUCUGGCCUUGGAGCAGAGCAAGACUUUCUACAAGCCAGACUGGUUUGAGAUUGUGGAGUCCGAAGUCAAGUGCUGUAAGGAAGCUGUGUGUGUCAUUGACAUGUCCUCUUUCACAAAGUUUGAAAUAACAUCCACCGGGGAUCAGGCAUUAGAAAUUCUCCAGUACCUCUUCUCCAACGACCUUGAUGUGCCCGUGGGCCACAUCGUGCAUACCGGCAUGCUCAACGAGCGUGGCGGAUACGAAAACGACUGCAGCAUAGCCCGGCUGAGCAAGCGCAGUUUCUUCAUGAUUUCUCCAACCGACCAGCAGGUCCAUUGUUGGGCUUGGCUUAAGAAGUACAUGCCAGAAGACAGCAACCUGAUUCUGGAGGACGUCACCUGGAAAUAUACCGCCCUCAACCUGAUUGGUCCUCGCGCUGUGGAUGUGCUGUCUGAGUUGUCCUACGCCCCCAUGACUCCAGACCACUUCCCAAGUCUGUUUUGCAAGGAGAUGAGCGUGGGCUACGCCAACGGGAUCCGGGUGAUGAGCAUGACGCACACGGGCGAGCCAGGGUUCAUGCUCUACAUCCCCAUAGAGUAUGCCCUGCACGUAUACAACGAAGUGAUGAGCGUGGGGCAGAAAUACGGAAUCCGGAAUGCUGGGUAUUAUGCUCUUCGUAGUCUCCGAAUUGAGAAGUUUUUUGCCUUCUGGGGUCAGGACUUAAACACCCUCACCACACCCCUGGAAUGUGGAGGAGAGUCUCGGGUGAAGUUAGACAAGGGCGUGGAUUUCAUCGGGCGCGACGCGCUGCUACAGCAGAGGCAGAACGGCGUGUACAAGCGCCUCACCAUGUUCAUCCUGGACGACCACGACACAGACCUGGACCUCUGGCCGUGGUGGGGGGAGCCCAUUUACCGGAACGGGCAGUACGUGGGCAAGACCACCAGCAGCGCCUACGGCUACACCCUGGAGCGCCACGUGUGUCUGGGCUUCGUGCACAACUUCUCCGAGGACACGGGGGAGGAGCAGGUGGUGACAGCGGAUUUCAUCAACCGGGGAGAAUAUGAGAUUGACAUUGCGGGACACCGGUUCCAGGCCAAGGCCAAGCUCUACCCGGUCCCCUCCCUCCUCACCCAUAAGCGCCGGAAGGAGGAAGUGGAGCUAAGUGACUUGCACGGGAAGUGAGGCCGGGCGGCCUCGCUGCCGCCCCUCCUUCUCAUCAUCUUAGGGGCUUUUCUCCUCCUCCUGACCCCUCCCUCUUCUUGAGUUAAGCUUGGCCUCCCAUCUCUUCUCUCCUGGUGGACUCUCCGCUUUUCACUCUCCCUUUGCUGCCUCCUCUCUCCCUCCAUCUCCUCCGCCCCCUGCGUCUCCCAUCUCCUGGGCUGGUCGCAGCCACUCCACCUCUCAGGUCCCCAGGGGCAGAGGGCAGGAGCAGACUCCUUGUGAGGUGGGUUGUGCUGACAGCCUGACUGCACGUGCGGUGUCUUGAAGCAAGGCAGGCUGCAGGCUAAGUGUCCAUCUCUGUGGGGCUCUUUCCUUGGAAGAACCUGUGAAUUCCGGGCUGCCAUCUGUGGAACAGCUUACGCCUUUCAGCAGGCAGGGCCUCCUCCCGUUCCCUUGUGCUUCGGGUUGGCUCCCUGAGCCCUCUGUCAGGAGGAUGACCAGCUGCCUCGCUGAUGAGAGAGGCAUCGUGGGGACGAUACCUGGGGGUUGGCAGAGAUAAACAGUUAACCCUCCUGGGCCUCCCUACUGACUCAGUUAUCAGACUGUUGGGCAAGUCUCUUCAUCUUGUAAGCUUCUUCAUCUCUUGCUAAACUCUACAGUGAGGGGGGUUUUGGUUAGUUUGUUUGGCUGAGUAGACAAGUAAGCCACACUGUUUGAAGAGAAAGGCCAGUUUGCCUUCUGGGUUGCUUUUCCCACCUGACAGAGUCUGACCUCAAAGUACAGCUCAGCGAUGCUGAGUCUUCUAGAAACAGGGCUGCUUUUCUUCCAGCCGUUCCCAGUUCCGCCAUCCCACCUUGACGCUCCUCUUCUCCAAGCACACGUGACUUUCAGGUCAGCCUCCUGUACCCCUGCCAUGGGAGCCACUGACUCAGCAGACCUUCUCCCCCUUUAGAGCAGGGCAGGGGAGGCAGGCUGGGCACCCUGGUUGAGGGAGUGAGCCUGGGGCCGUGCUGAGUGGGCGGGGGCCACUGGGACCCCAGGUCUGGCUUCCCCCACAGAGGAGAGACAGAGCCACCCAGAGGUGCCCUCUCUGAUCCCAGUGUGAGGAGUACGUUACCUGAGCCCAAGGUCUGCUUCCAUCUUCUCUUUCCAGCCACCUCUCCACAUCUUCUGGAAUAGAAAAUGACUGGGGUGAGAGGGCCAUGCACGCUUUAAGCAUUGCCUGUGUUUGCUAAAGAUCUCCUGGACUGUGAUAUCCAUCCCCACACGUCAUUUCCCCUUGCAGACAAAUUGCUGCUAGCGACUUGAACUGUAGCCUUUGGUGUCUUGGCUGCAUUAGUCCUGACAGGUCUGUAAGUAUAUUCAAGAUGAUCCUUUCAUGUUAUUAGAGAAGCUUAAACUUCUCAGAUCUCUGCCUACUCUGGCAUUUCUCUGGGAUCUCUGUUUACCCACUUCAUCACUGACUUCAGUGUCCAUCUUCUUACAAGGUCUUCACUGAUUUAAUGAGGGAGUAUGUGAUUAGAAAUCUGUUGGGGGUUUGGCAUUUUGAUGUAAGUGUAUAUUUAACGAGUUGGGAGAUGCUGCUUCCAGGCAAAGAGGAGGGGUGCUGCCAGCUGGAGAGCACAGAACAGCAACCUUGGAACUUGAGGGAGCAGGACAUGAGCCCUCGCCAAUGCAGGCGUUGCCAGCAGAGAGCUGACCGACCCAGGAAGAUGGAGACUGACGUAGAACUAAAGGUAUCCCAUGCUCGGCGCCACUGCAAAGUUGUCUUUAUAAAUGAAAAAUUGUUUGGGACUGAAUCCAAAGAAAAUUCUAGAUUUAUGUGUAAAGUACAAGAUAUUAAGAUUCUAGGGGCAUCACUUAUUUUUUUGAGUGCCCUGAAACUUACAUAUUUACCUUCUGGCACUUUACAUUCAUCCUGGAAGUCUCCUUUGUUUCAUUGAAGUAGACAAUAUGAAUCCGGUAGGUUUCUCUCUUUGGUCCUCAACUGAAGAGAGUGACUCCUUCCUGCCUCAGGCAUAGUUGACAAUCAAAACAUCCUCACUUCUGUAUCACUUCCUUGACUUGGGCACUGGGCCCGUGACAACUCAUCUCUUUCUUCCUGGAGACUCGAGGGUUUGUUGAAGGGGUGGCUGGACUCUGUUUUAGAUGGAUGAACUUUCUUCUCUGAAAUGAUUUGUCUUGCGAGAAGGGGUCCACAAUCUUCUCAGCAUAUUCAGUUGAAUCCUUUUGAACCUAGAAAUACAAAGUGUGUUGGCUUCAAACAGAUGGAGAAUCCAGGUUGCAAGUCUACCAGGGGUCUCCUCCUCCCUCGAGAUAAGCCCCCUAGUUACUUGUACCACGUGUAAGUCCCAUGGUGAUGUGAUUGACAUUGGAGAUUUCUUGUCUGUGAUAAAAGCUCUAAUUGAGAAGGUUUUCACACACACAAAGAGACAAGAAACCUGCCUGCCUGGGUAGCCCGUUUGACGUCCCUUAGCCUGUGUUUUGGUCACACAGCACUGCAUGGGCGGGACAUGCUCCAGGAGACAGAGCCGAACAGUUCCCACCACAUUCAGGUGCUCUUCUGGGGGGUCCCUGGACCCCCAAAUGCACGCUAUGCCAUGUAGCCCAGCGAUUAACCCCAGUCUCACCUUGGGCCCAGAGUUCCCAUUUCUACUGGGGCAGCACCAAGUCACUUCCACUUGAUUCUCCUCAGGAGGCAUGUGGUCCUUGGACUCUACCUUCUUGUACAGACCAGGAGUUUUAGCUGCAUCUCUUCUUUCCUAGGCUGUUGCUUCCACGAAAGUAACGAAACAUGAAGAAUAACUCUUCAGCUUGCUUAUUUCCCCUACCUUUGCACGCAUUGGAGAUGUUAAUCCUGUCCCCCACCACGUGUGUGGCUGGAGUGACAGGUGCUUCUGAAAAGUGAUUUUGCGUCACUGAAGAAAUGACCCCCCCCCCCUUGAUUUCAGCCUCUAAAACCACUAUAUCAGCUGGCUUUCAGGCUUAACUACAGGGUCCUUUUUGUGUCUCUUUGUUGCCUCUUGGCCAGUGUAGUCAGUGAGGAUUGUCUUUAGUAUCCAAUAAGGAGAUCUGGUCAACAGUGUUGAAUACUCAAGUAUAACCUACUAUUUCCUUUUCUUUCUGCACACCCUCCCUCAUCCCUCAGAAACCUUGAUGUGAGCAGCAUUUUCUCAACACCAUACAGAGGAAGUUCCUCCUGAGCGAGGACUCUUCCUCCUGUAGGCACGUGGCCUCAAGCACAGCUGAGUAGGGGAGAGACGACAGGUGACCAGGCCGGGCAGUGAGUCCUGAGGGGCUAGGGCUCCCCUGUGAGUGCGUGCCCCAUGCCCCUGCCACUCUACCCUCCACAUUACGGUGCUGAGUUAGCUGUAAGGCUCCUUCAUUGUCACUCUGGGGCUGGCGUCUGCAGCCCCUCACCACUACAGAUACACUAUUUUUUAAGAAGACUGAGUAUUUUUGUAUGUCUUUGCCUUCUCUUUGUCCAUUAAACACCAGAGUUGUUCCUUGUAUAAUAUGAUUCUUGACUUCUCUGAGCAAAACCCUUGGAGAAUUAUACAUUUCUUCAUGGGCCAUUUUUCUCGUAUUUAGAUACACCUGUUUUUAUCCUUUGCAGACUUCCUCCCUUCUCAUUUUUCUGUCUCUCAAGGACAGAAAUUAUAAGUCAUGGAGGGGAUACUUUUAGCACCUGUUUCAACAGACUGAUUCCAGGAUUCCCUUUGCACACCAGGAACUGGGGCUUGGGGCCCUCCUCCACCCGGCCAGGUUCUAGUGCCUUACACUCCAGAGCGUCACACGGCGGGCGGAAAUGGAAGAAGGACCUUCAGCAGGUGGGUGUGGGGUCGAAAGCUUCUGCAGCUCAUUCCAGUGAAGGGUUUUCCAGCAGCACAGCUAAUGCUACUCUCUGGUCAACCCCUGGGAUGUAUGAAAACGCCAUUGUGACUGGUGUAACAGCUACAACUCAUUCUUUGCGUUUGUAAAUGUGCAGUUCAGCUCAGCCCUUUCCUAUCCCUGUCAGCAUGUGGUCCUGCAGCUGUGCAAGGCCCUUUAGUAAACGGAUCUUUCUCCCGCACCCUGGGGAUGACAGGCACCCAGGGUGACCGAGCGUUUCUGCCUCCGUGAAUGCGGCAUUAACUUUGUGCACUGUGUUUCUGUCAAGCCAGAUUUCAAUUAAGGUUUUCUUUUCAUGUUACUAAGUUUGUAAAUGAAUAAACAGACAUUUUCUCUACUCUU